AUGUCCAAGGCAGUGACAUGGAUGACUUUUGAACAGGCAUCUCUGGUUGUCUUCACAGCUGCAGAUGUGCCUGGUCUGAGCCAUGAUUGGCAUGGCUGGCCACAGGCCAACCAACAUCAUGAAGCAACCCCCUUCCUGCACAAGACAACUGCCCUGAUUUGGCCCAAUGAUGUGCAUUGGAAAGACACCUGCCAGGUCCACAAUAAAACUCCAUUCCCUGGGAGGGCAAUGAAGGAAACCAAUGUGUCAUAUGUUGAAGAAGAAGUGUCUGAUUCCGAUGGAGUCAAUCAAUUGGAAGGUCUAGGUGCAGCAGAUGAAUUACCAACACUUUCCAAAAGGAGGCCAGCUGAGAUGAUUGAGUUCACUGCAAAGAUUAAGGAUGGUUCCAAGCACCAGGUUGGACAUGGCAACAAGCAACCAGAGGUAAGGCUGAAGCCUUCCUUGAAGCAAGGAGGCCAGACAUGGAUCAACCCUGGACAUGCUAAACAGGAUGUAGCCCAACCUCAUUCUGCAACUGCCAGGUAUGGAUUCCAAAUCAGGACAGAGGCAAUUGGUGGUGAGUGGUGGAGAUGGAAUGAUGGAGGGCAUCUGGAAAUCCCCUCAGUUCAGGCUGCAAUGGUCAUGUCAGGAUGUUCCCAUGGUUGGGUGUUGAACAUUGAUAUUUGGAGUGGCAACAGCUUCCAACACGUGAAAUUGUUUAGCAUCCAUCCACUAUGGCAGACCAAAUUCCCCAUGGAGUACACUUCAAUCCCAGAGUUCAUAUUUGGCAAAUCAAAGCCAGGGGGGAGGACCCUCUGCAAUCUGCAGGCCCCUCAAGGAGGGGUAAAAAGAUGCCAGAGCACCUUCCACCUCAACCAUGGCUUUCUGAGGUUUCCACAUCAAUGGUUGAUCCAUUUCCACCCCCCCUGCUGCCUCCUGACAAUGACAUUCCACCACCACCCCCCACUGCCUCCUGAUGAUGACAUUCCACCACCCCCACCACCUCCUAACAAUCUUGAGGACAUGGCUGAGGAGGUGCCACUGCCACAACCUAGUGAAGCCAGUGAUGAUAGUGAGGAGCAAACCCCCCUGCCACAGUCUGAUGAAGAUGAGACUGACAAUGCCCUCAUCCCACCUCCACCCCCCUCCUUGCAAGAAUCUGACUCCCACCAUUCAGUCACAUCACCAGAUGGAAAUGAUACCCAUAUGUCAACAAUGGACAUGGACAUAUCUUCAGAACUACCCCUGCAACCCCCAUCUGACAGCCAUGACCUGACUGAUGAGGAGAAGUGGGAAAUGGAGGUGCAUGGUUUUAUGGACCUUCAUGAGGAAGCAGAGGGAUCCCUCUGUCAAAUUGCUGAUUUGGACAACUUCUAUGACCCAUUCACUGCGAUAGGCCUUCAGCAGUUUGCAGCACAACCUCAAUACCUGGCCCAGCAGUCAGUCAUGGACAUGAUCUUCAUGUACAUGGGCUGCUGCAUUGAUACUGCCAUUCAGCACCUACAAAUUGGUAUUGCAAUCUCUGCAUUGAUAUGUGGACUCCCCACCUGCAGGAAGAUGGCAGGAUUUUUGGUCACUGGACAAGUCCCCCAUCAAGGAUGGCCUCCAUGGGACAUUGGAAUCAUAGGUGGAGAGUUACAAGAACAAUGCAUGCAGAGUAGAGGCACUUCUCCCUGA